AGGACCCUGUGACGAGUCUCCCUCAAGAGGCCGUUGUAAACACUGGACCCUGGCAGAGCUGUUAAGCUGGAAACUGGGUACCAAACGGCUCUGUGUCACAUGAGAGGCCUGGUUGGAGUCACAGUGGCCCAGGAUACUAUUCUUAGCAGCAGGAAUGUACACAGUGGCCUCAUGGCAAUCUCCACAGCGCCUAACUGGAGAGUCUCGUCAUUUCUCUGUGUCAUGCUCCUUCUCCGGCUACUCUGCCCGUUUUCUCUCCAUAUAAUGUUUUAACUGGACGUCAUUUGUGGCUGGUUUGUUGGUUCGGACGAGACACGUUGGAGGUUAUUGAUUCUCUGAGGGCAGGAGAAUGGCUGCUCGACCACAAGAAGUCUUCUCUUUCAAGGACUCUGAGCUUCCCUCACACCUACUCAUUCAGCUCAACACCCUCCGGCAGGAGCGCAUCCUGACAGACGUCCUGCUCUGCACCGAACACCAGGAGAUCCCCUGCCACAGGAACGUCCUGGUGUCCAGCAGCCCGUACUUCCGCGCCAUGUUCUGCAGCAACUUUCUGGAGAGCAGCCAGGCCCGUGUGAAUCUGAAGGGAAUUUCUUCAAAUGUGCUCAGCGGCAUCGUGGACUACGUUUACACAGGCUGCAUCUCCAUCACCAUGGAGAUCGUGCUGCCGCUCAUGCAGGCCGCGUCCAUGCUUCACUAUGGAGGUCUCUUUGAGGCCUGCUCCAUGUUCCUCCAGGACCAGCUGAGUCCGGAGAACUGCCUGAGCAUGAUCCGGCUCUCUGAGAUUCUUCACUGUGAGAGCCUGAAGGAGAGGGCGAAGGAGAUGGCCGUGAGGUGUUUCUCUGAUGUGGCCGCGACAGAGGACUUCUGCGAGCUGUCUCUCCCGGAGCUCAUGUGUUACCUGGAAGAUGACCGACUUUGCGCUGAGGAGGAGCAAGUGUUUGAGACCCUCCUGGCGUGGAUCCACCACGACCCUUUCUCAAGACGCGGGGCGAUACACGACCUCUUCAAGAAAGUCCGUCUGCGCUACAUCCAUCCAACUUACCUCUUCCAGUUCAUUGCCAACGACCCGCUGGUGCAGUCCUCCACCCUCUGCACUGAGAUUAUCGAGUCAGUCCGCCGCCUUAUGCUUACAGUCAGCACCAAGUGUAGCCGUGAGCUGAAGCCACUUUGGACCACGCCGAGGCGGUACACCUGCAGAGAGACUCUGGUGGUAGUCGGAGGACGUAAAAACAACGAACAGACUUCUAGAGAAGCUUUGCUGUAUGAUGAAAGGACUCAUCGAUGGCAGUGGUUGGCCAAGCUCCCUCUGCGCCUCUACAAAGCUGCGUAUGUGUGCAUCCACAGCAUCCUCUAUGUAGUCGGUGGACUCAGCCUGUGCAUGGCAUCAGGCGACAGCUCCGUCAGCGCCACAGUUUACACACUCUCCCUUAAAACGAACCAGUGGAGGACCGCGGAGCCCAUGUUGGAGCCACGGUACGCUCACCAAAGCGUGUCCUAUUUGCACUUUAUCUUUGUGUUAGGAGGCAUCGGAGUCGACAAGAAAAUCUCUCAGACUGUCGAGAGGUACAACAGUAUGUUCAAUCAAUGGGAGGCCAUGGCACCGAUGCCCACAGCAGUGCUUCAUCCAGCUGUUGCAGCCAGUGACCAGAGGAUCUAUGUUUUUGGAGGAGAAGAUGCAAUGCAGAACCCAGUCAGGUUGAUCCAGGUGUAUCACAUCUCACGCAACUUGUGGUCCAGACUAGAGACAAGAACAGUGAAAAACGUCUGUGCUCCUGCUGCUGUGAUAGAGGACAGGAUCUAUAUCGUAGGAGGGUACACCAGGCGAAUGAUUGCCUACGACACCAAAGCCAACAAAUUCGUCAAGUGCGAGAACCUGAAGGAGCGAAGGAUGCAUCACAGCGCCACGGUGAUCAACAACAAGCUCUAUGUCACCGGCGGACGCAUCCUCAACGGCCAUGACGUCAUUGAGGACUCGGAUUGCUUCGAGUGUUACGACCCAAAGACAGACGUCUGGACCUCCAAAGGCUCUCUCCCGUACAAGCUGUUCGACCACGGCUCUCUGCCUUUGGUCUGUGUUACGAACAGACCCAACCCACCGUGACCCACCAUCAACUCAGCCACUCUGGGCAAGCGUGGCUGUGUGUUCCUCACCUCCCCCGUGACAUGAUUUACUGGCCUCUAACUAACUGCACCAUCUCAGACUGCUGCAUUCCUUCACGCAGCUCCAUCUCUGUUGCAGCUUAGCGGCAUGUUAGGCCAGGUUGGCAUUCAUGCGAAUCAAAGAAGCGCUCAACUGGCGCGCAGAGGUGUCAUUUCUGAGGCACCUGGAGCGGCACCGGACUGAGAUGACGAGAGGCACAGUCACAGUCACACAACAAACAGCUGCUCAGACUCACACGUAAUCCAAAAAGCUCUCUCCGCAGAUGGCUGCGCUCGUUUCGAGGUUAACUAAAAGUGUUAAUGCUUUAAUUUCCCAGACAUUUAUACCUGGCAUAUCACUCUGCUUGGCAGCUCCAGUUAAUUUUUACAGUAACAAUUAAACACAUGGGGAAAGACGCGUCUGGCCGGGAUUUAACUCUAUCAGCCCUUUAUUGGGUUGUCAAACUGAAAAGGAAAUUUUCAAGUUAAUAUUUUGCACUUUAUAGAUAAUAAUUAAUACAUUCCUCCUUGACCCACAUGUGUUUAUCACAGUUACAGACUGUACGUAAAGUCUGCGAUCAGAGUGCACUUGUUGAUGACAACAGUUUGUGACAGAAGGUGAACAGGCCCCCGCGGCAAAGUUAAAACAGCUUCAGCUUCUAUCGUGUCGGUGAAAUGUUGCAAAGCGGAACAGCUUUACUCACAUGAAAUGAUCCGGGCCAACGUUUAUUCCAGUUUUAGGGGGUUGAUUCAUCAUGACUGUGAAUUAUUCCUGCAAACGCGAAAACAUGUUUGUAUCAUUUUAUUAGAUGUUUAAUUUAAAACCUAUUGAAAAUAGAAUAAAACAAUUUUUUUUUAAUUUAUUUUUUUGGAUUGGUCAAAGCACUGUAAACCGAGAAGCUGUUCAAUGGUAGUUUACAUUUAAUUUCACUGUACAUUUUUGCUAGAUUAAGAGAAUAUCUUCACAGGCAGCUAUUGCAUGUUGACGUGAGGACAACGCUGCCCUAGAGGAGACUCGUGACCUGCUGUAGAGUAGAAAUGAUGAGAUCUUCUGCAGCGUGUGAGGCUGACCUGCAGGUGGUUAGUCACAAACACGUCCACUCACAUGUGGAGCAUCUGCACAAAGCUUUUAAUCACUACAGCUGUGUAGAGUUCUUCAGCUCGUCAUACACUCACUGUCGUGCUCCAGGCCCUGGCCCUAGUAACAACUA